GUGCCAAGGAGGAGGAGCAGCAGCAGCAAGAGGAGCUCGAGAGAAUUCUCCAAACCCUAGGCGGAGCUACAGAAGCUUCUUCAUCUCCAUCGCGGUCUACAGCAACAGCGCUGAUAACUUCUUCUUUCUCUUCCAGUUCUUCCAGUUCUUCCAGUUCUCCCAGCUCUUCGUCGUCCUUGAUCGCUAGCGGGAUAGCUGCAUCGGCCGCGCAGUCAGCAGCGCUGAUGGACUCCACGGUUGCAGCAGCGGCUCCCUGGAGCUUCCACUUGGAUCCCGCGAUGGCGGCCAUGGUGGACUCGGCGCAGCUUCUCUACAGUGGCGGCAUCUCGGGCAUCAUGGCCGGCAGCUCCACUGUUCCAGGCAGUAGCAGUAGUGGCGCUGCUGCCGCUGGGAGGCUCUACACCGACUGGAAUUUGGCCGACUUUGACAACGCUGCUACUGCUGCUGCUCCUCGAUCCGGAGUGGAAGCGUCGUGGUGGCAGCAAACUUUCCUCUCGCAGCAGCAGCAGCAGCAACAACAGCAGCACCACCACCAUCGCCACCAAGAACACUUGGAACAAAGCUACAAUCCCGCGGGAUUUUUCUUGGACGACCCAGAUGACGAUCAAGUAGCGGCGCCGUCGAAUCAACAGCAGCUGGAUCUGGCGAGCGCUGGUCAUGCUGCUGCUGCUGCUAGCGCUGGUGUUGCUGCUGCUGCUGCUAGUGGAUCGAUAGCGUCUGGAGGGUCAGGAGGAGGAGAUCAGGCGAUUGGAACUCCCACGUCCUUCACGUCCUCGUCGGGAGCCAGCGAUGGCGACGAGGAGCACAAGGGAAAUGUGGCAUCGUCCGGAGGAUCGCUCAAGCGCAAGGCCGGGUCUUCCGAGGACGCGGAGAAAUCGUCGUCGCUGGAGCCGCAGCCGCAACAACAGGAAGGAAAGAAACCAGCCAAGCCUCCAAAGAAAGGUCCCAAGCGAAACCGCGAGCCUCGCUACGCUCUCCAGACGCGCAGCGACGUGGAUAUCAUGGACGAUGGAUUUCGGUGGCGAAAAUACGGGCAAAAGGCCGUCAAGAACAGCCCCCAUCCAAGGAGCUACUACCGCUGCACCAACAGCAAGUGUCCAGUGAAGAAGCGAGUGGAGCGUUCCUGCGAGGACCCCGGAAUUGUUAUCACCACUUACGAAGGUACUCACACUCACCACAGUCCGGCGACGCUGAGGAGUUUGACGGAAGUUGGAGGCGGCGGAGGCGGAGGAGGUGCUGGAGCUGUGAAUCCUUUCGGCAGCCAGCGCCCCGGAUCGUUCACGCAGGCGCUGUACCAGACUAUGCCUCACUUGCAAAUGCAGCAGCAGCAGCAGCAGCAGCAAUCGCUUCUCUCUGGCCUCGGAGCUAGAGGUGCCAGCUUCAAUUUUCCAUCGGCUCGAGCGCAAAGCCAGCAGCAGCAGCAGCAGCAGCAGCAAUUCCUCCAGCAGCAAAGCCAGCUUCUCCAGCAGCAGCGGCAGCACCAGCGAAGCCAGCAGGAUCAGCAACAGUUUCUACAGCAGCACCAACAGCAAAGCCGGCAAGUAGGCCAAAGCCAGACUUUCACGGACGAAGGCCUGCUAGAAGAUAUGGUUCCUCCUGGUAUGCGGAAAUGAAAAUUGGAAACUUACCUCGAUAGCAGGACCAUCUCGAAGCAGCCAGGAGGUCGGUGUUUAAGUCUGGCCAAGCGAAGAAAGGUCCAGUUUUGCGCGUUCUACUGCAGCACCGAAAGGAGAAAAAGAAACGUACACAUGAAUUAGCAAAUAACUUCCACGGCCCAGCGCAUUUUGAGACAAGGUACCUGGUUCUGGGCCGCUACUAACACCUUCAGAUGGAGCUCUUGUCACAAGGCACCAUUUUUUUUUUGCUCGACGAUCCAAGAGGCUUAAACAUUUCCUCUCGCGCAGGCCUUUUCCGUUCCGAUAUAAUUUGUUAUAUCAAGCCGCGGGGGGGAAGAGAUGCUGCUUCGUAGUGUUACAUUCAUUCCAUCUGUGUAGCUCGCAAUAAAACUUUUGGUCACUUUCACCA